GUGUGUGUGCGCGCGUGUGUGUCUGUGCGGCGCGCGGGCGGGCGCGUGUCUGUGCGCGCGGGGGCUCCAGUGCGGGAGCCACUGGGUGUGCGUGCGUGUGUUAUGGGUUUGAUUCCAGAGCAGGUUGCACACUGGUCCUGGGUGGCUCGCAGGCUCAGGUCGUGCUUGGGCGUCCUCCUCCUAAUCGUUUCCGAAGUAGCAGCAGCCGCAGCAGCGGCAGCAGCGGCAGCAGGAGCCGCGGCACAUCGGCAGCAGCUCAGCGGCACAGCCGGCAGAACUGUGCAGAAGCGAGCACCGUUUGGGGAGUCCGGGGGGCGGGUAAGAGGGAGGAGGGGGAAAGCCUGUCUUGGUCUUUGGGAUUAUUUUUCCCUUUCUUUCCUUCUCUCUCUUUCUUGAGGGUGUGUGUUACCCCCUCGAAGUGAAGGAAUUUUGCUCCAAAGCGAGCCGGGACCGAAGACUCUAGGCUAAGUUAUCUCUAUGUAGAUGGUGUCAGGGAGCGAAGCUACUGACCGAGCCGCUGUCACAUCCAACUUUUUAUUGCCUAAGCAGUCUGGGCUUGCUUCAUCACUCGGCUUUGCUGCGGAGCGCUCCGGUAGAGCUCACUGUUGCACACUGAAGAUCCACCAUUUUGGUGGCCAAGUGACAAGUGCCCAAACUCAGGCCUGACUUUUCGGAAAGCAUCGGCCUUCUGCCGGACCUGGAUAAUGGAUGUCAAGGAUCGGCGACACCGCUCUCUGACCAGGGGGCGGUGUGGCAAAGAGUGUCGCUACACGAGUUCUUCCCUAGACAGCGAAGACUGUCGCGUGCCCACGCAGAAGUCCUACAGCUCCAGCGAGACUCUGAAGGCCUAUGACCACGAUAGCAGGAUGCACUAUGGAAACCGAGUCACAGACCUCGUUCACCGGGAGUCAGAUGAGUUCCCAAGACAAGCUGCCAUGGAGCUUAAUAAAGACAUAAUUAUACAAGAUGAAUUAGAGCCAAAUCAGUCUUCCAUCAAUGAGCAAAGAACUAACUUCACCCUUGCAGAGCUGGGGAUCUGUGAGCCCUCCCCGCACCGAAGCGGCUACUGUUCCGACAUGGGGAUCCUUCACCAGGGCUACUCUCUGAGCACAGGGUCUGACGCCGACUCCGAUACAGAGGGAGGGAUGUCUCCAGAACAUGCCAUCCGAUUGUGGGGGAGAGGGAUAAAAUCCAGGCGCAGUUCCGGCCUGUCCAGUCGUGAAAACUCGGCCCUUACCUUGACUGAUUCUGACAACGAAAAUAAGUCAGAUGAUGAGAACGGUAGGCCUGCUUCUUAAAUAUUUUUUAAUGUUCUGGGUACUGCACAAUGUGGGGCUUGGGAUGUUUUUGUGUUUUAAUAAAGAGGCAUAUAAAAACCAUUCAUUUUCUUUUAAAUCG